AUGUUUUUGGAUACACCUCCUGCAACCGGGGAAGCUGCGGGUUUCGGACAUCUUCCCAUCCCUCGAGCCACGAGGGCAGCUAGUCGGUCCACUGAAACUGGUGCAAGGGAGAGCCUAGUGCGCACCUUCCCGGCUCCAAGUGUGGAACCUAGGAGGACCAGAUCGGCUGUGGUUACCGUUCCCGAGGACUGCAGCUUUCUGUCUCGUCCGAGUGUGGUGCUUGUUAACGAAGCCUUCAUCCGUGCUCAGCAAGAGGUAGACGACCUUAGAGGCCAGCUGGACGCCCAAGGUCGGGAAACGGAGAAGUUCCAGCACCUUUUGCAGGUAAAGGAGGAUGAACUGAGCCGAGCAGUGGCCCUCACCAACCUUCAGCCCGAGCUUGAUGCAACGAAGGCUGAGAACCUUCGAUUAAAGGAUGAGCUGGCCGGGAUUGUGGAGAGGAACCGGCUUCUGGAAGCGGAGAAAGUCGGUCUCAGUCAAGACAACGCUCGUUUUUCUUCCAAGCUUAGCGAGCUCGAAACCAUCAUUUCUCAACUCCGAGGGGAGCUUGACUCGGUCAAGUCUGAUGCCGUGAACAUGGCCGAGAGGCAUCGACGGCUUGAAUCCGAGAGUGCCAAGUAUGAAGAGAGAAUGAGGGUAUUCGAGCAAAAAGCUGAGGACAGGGCCCGAAUAUGUGAUGAGCUGAAAACCACACUUGAGGAGACGGUCGGGGCUAAUGAUCUUCUCAAAGCCGAGCUUGAGUCGGCCACUCAAUACCAGAGAAUCCUCGAUGAAGAGAGGGAUGAGUUAGUGGCGAAGCUGGCCCGGGCUGAGGCCGAUUUGGCAGAAGCCCUGAGGAGUGUGGAAGCUGCCGAGGCUUACUCCACGAUUGCGGUAGAGCAUGAACGGUGGAAGUCUCGGAGGAUCACCCUCGAGGAAGCCGAGCGUGGCUUUACUGAUCUCCCGGCCCUUAUACUCGAGGCUAGAAGGACCGAGGAAGAAGCCAAAAGAGCCCUUGAUUCAGACUCCGAAGACUCUGAGCGGACAGUGUCCGAACAUUCUGGUUCCAGCCACACCGGAUAG